AAAGGUGAGGGAGGAAGUGUGGUCACAGCUACGAGCACUGCACCGACUAAAGCGCCGACAACUGAGGGAUCAGUGGCGGAAAGCACUGAGACGGACAACUCCAGUCUACCCGACGCCGUGACCUUCAAGAGUGCCGAGCUCGAGAAUAACAUCAAUGUAGUGGCAAGGUCGCCAGCGCUUGAAGGACGGAAGGAAUCGCUGAGAAAAACUCUGGAAAAAUCGGACAUGGGUGACACUAAGAACGAAGGGGACGAUCAGCCAAAGAAGGAUGGACAUGACGCGCAAGAUAUAAAACCCUUAGACAAGGCGGAUGUGCCGGCACCCACGGUCGAUGAGGCAGCAAAGAAGACACCGGCACCGAUAAAUCAGCCGAAAGGCGACGAGGAAGAGUUAGUCGUUAAUGGCUUGUCAAAGGCACCGGAUCUCCAUUUCUUCCAGCUUCCCUUUCUCCGAGUGAAAAUGGUAUAA